AUGAACAGACCCGUGUCCUUAUUGUGCGGACACAGUGGAUGCCAAGAAUGUAUACAUCAGCUUAUUUCAAAUCAAUCCGGAGGUGGACGGGAAAAGGCGUGUGCAGUAUGUCGGGAGCCAAUCAACGAACACAUGUUGAACAUCAGCAUACCCCUCAGUUCAGUCAUUUCCAAAUUGAAUGUGAAAUGCACAAACGUUGGCUGCGCGUGGGUCGGUGAGCAUGGUUCUAAGGAGAGACAUCAAGAGACCUGCUCAUUCCUCCUUCUGGAAUGCCCCAAUGGCUGUCCUGGAUCGCAUUUGCGAGAUUCACUUGAGCGUCACUUGGAGAUCUGCCCUCAAGGGAAAGUACCUUGCAAGUACUGCACUGCUGAGGUGGAGAGGUAUAUACUAGAUCAGCAUGAACCAACCUGUCAAGAAAAGCCCGGACCAUGUCCAUUAAAUUGUGGCCAGAAUUUGCCCAGGUCAGUUAUCAUUCAGUUAUCGCCAUGAAUUAAUUCACAAAAUUUUGUCAUCAUUUUGUUAAAGAAAAGAGCAUGGAAAAAAAAUCAAUCAAAAGGACCAAAACCCGGUUUUGCCCCAGUAGUGAAGCGCCGUUAAGGUAAAACUUGUUAAAAAUUUUUUUGGCCUCUUCAAGGGUUAACCCGGUAAUAGUGAUAAAAUUCCCAAAGAAGCCCGAUAACGUAAGAUCCAUGUGUGUCUAUUUCAGGUCCCAUGUUCACCUUCAUUUGGACGAAUGUCCUAAAAGAAUGAUGAAAUGCAGCGUGGCCGGUUGUAACAAUUUCUACCAGUUAGGGAUGGAAAAUGCCCACAACGAACUUUAUCAAGGAAGCCACCAGGCGCUACUUAAGAGUCAAGUUGAAAGUCUUCAGCGCGCGAUUUAUGACAAGGUUUGUUGAUCUCAUUUAGGAGACUCGUUUUCAAGUAUAACAAUUGAGACACUUUUCAUUGAGUUAGAAUUUCGAUGUUUUCGUUUUUAUUUGCUUUUGUUUCUUACUUUCAAUAAUAAUAAUAAUAAUAAUAAUAUUAUCGUUAUUUUUCUAAAUAUUGUUAUUAUUAUUAUUUGCAGUCUCAAGUUGCCGUGAAAAGGGAGUUUUCUAAGCGAAAGUGCUACCGGUGGACAGUGCCGAAGUCGUCAAUCCGAAUUCCAAAGGAUAUUUCAAGUCCACUGUUUGGGUUUGAAAGUCACACAUUUCGGUGCCUGUGGAAGAGGACCUCUGGCCAAAAUAGGCUGUUUCUAAAUGCAGUGUUCGGCUCUUCGCCAAUCACAGUUCAAACAAGGUAUGAAAGUCAAAAGGCACUCCCACCCUGACUGUUAUGAAGUGAAAUGGUAGUAUGGUAAAUCAACUUGUCAUUCAUGAAUGCAGAACUUAGCAAUGACAGUAUAGACAUCUUUUAAUUUAAAUCGUUAAUCCAAACCUUCAUUUAUAACUUUUCACAUUUAUCGACUGUUUAUUUGCGAUAUUUAAAACAGCAUCAUUCUAUCAAAUUCUAAACACUAAUUAAUCUACCCUUUUCUAUCAGAUUUGUUUUGUUAAACGAGGACGGAGUAAUGAGAGUCUUUGAUACCGAAUGUGAAACCCUUAUGGAGGAUCAAAUCAUUGGGGCAAAGGAAGACUUGGGCCCGAUUGAAAAAGAGCAAGAUUUAAUUAUAAAACUAAUUAUAGCUAUCUACAAACAUACAUAG